AAAAUCUUUAAAAUGGUCCAGUUUGCAAAAGUGUGUUUUGUUUUGUGUGUGUGUUUGCAGUAUGUCGCUGGUAGUUCCAAUACCGACUAUGUGUAUAAACCAGAAAUGGACGGGUGGCUGCGGCUGAGCAAGGACCCCGCAACUUGGUCGGAAGCGAGCAAACGCUGUAACCAAGACGGUGGGGUUCUCGCUUCUCCAACAACCAGCGGAAUGGCAAGGGCAAUGGCGUCCAUGAUGGUCAAAAACGGCGAGAAGUUGAUGCACAGCGUGUUUACUGGGAUAAACUCCAUUGACAAAGACAAGUUCACUUCCCUUGACGGAGUGGAAGUCUCUUCUAUGCCGGUACGUUGGGCCUUCGGCCAGCCGGACGACGCAAGCUCUGACGAGAACUGCAUUGAACUGAUGCAUGCUGGCGAGCUAGCUGCCAUCAGUUGUCUAACUGAGCUGCCCUACUUCUGCCGCAAGGAGAGAAACGCUAUUUGCGGCGCCAAAGCUGAUGGAUACGAGUGGGAGCCCCGCACCGGCAGCUGCUACAAGUUCCACCGGCUCGCGACAACCUGGGGUUCCGCCAAGGCCACUUGCCGCGAUGAGGGGGGAAACCUGGCCAUCAUCAACAGUGACACCGAAUCUACAGUCCUCAAGCAAAUUUAUCAGAAAAACCCGAAAUAUAAGAUCGUUGGUGCAGAAGAUGGUGACUACGCUAUAAUUGGCUUUGAGAAAUCUACUUACGCCGAAUGGGUGACUAUAAACGGAGAGUCUCUUGCUGCAGCAGGAUUCCAGGGAUGGUCGGCAGGCGAGCCCAACAACGGGCAUGGAUUGACCGAGAACUGUGGCUCCAUAUUUCGAGAUGGUCGUCUCAACGACUGCCCCUGCUUGUACUCGUAUCCAUUCAUUUGCGAGAUUAACCUGUAA